AUGACCUCUUCCAUCGAAGCCGGAGGGUUGUGGAAAAACGUUCGAAGAGGUCAAAAUCUUGGCGAUGAGCUGGUGGCUUCCAAGAGCUAUCGCCGCCACCACACUCAACCUCCAGCCACGGGGCUGGACCCUAAAGAACAAGGCAGCCUUCCUCUCCCCAUCCUGACCAACUUCAGCCGUUGGCUCCACCAGUGCUGGCUGGAAAUUACAGAAAUCCGAGCUGUUUUUGGACAGUUUUUGAUAGAUUUUUCGGAAGCUCGUUUGGGUGUUUCCGACGGCCAAAUUUUACGAUCCAGGUAUGUUUUCUCAACCUCUCAAGGUGUUCUACCUGUUGGUGGUGGUAGUUAG